AUGUCCACGUCGGAGUCCUCACUGCACACCUGCACCUGUGACUUCUCUGCCCUUCCAGACCGAUUAACGCAGGAAAUUGAAAAGUGGAUCUUCAGAAACUCUAGGUUUACAGUGAGAAAUGUCCUAAUUCAGUGUUUAAUCUAUGGAUCCUUGACAUUUGGGGUCUGCACAGUUCUGUCAUCUGUGUAUUUUCAACAUACUCGUGUAACCAGCUGGCAGAAGAAAACCCAGGAGCCUAUGUUAAUUUGGUCCCUUGAAAAAAAAUCACAGCAGCAUAUUAACCGUGGUUCCCAGUGAGUACCAAGACUGCCUGGAAAAAUUAAAAGGCCUGACAAAGAAGAAAUUAAAGAAGAGAGGCCAUUUUUUAAAUUAAAUGAGGAUUUUAACUAUACAGACCCAGAAUUUGUUCGUGGAUUUUCAAAAUAUGGAUUUAAUGUUAUUGCCAGUCAAAACUUGGGCAAUCAGAGAAAUGUACCAGAUGUCAGGAAUAAAAAGUGUCUUCAAAAACCUUACCCAGCCAGUCUCCCUGCCGCCAGCAUUGUCAUUUGCUUCCACAAUGAAGAAUUUCAUGCCUUGUUUUGGACACUAUCCAGUAUCAUGUACCUCACUCCACACUGUAUCCUUGAAGAAAUUAUCUUAGUAGACGACAUGAGCGAAUUUGAUGAUUUAAAAGAAAAACUAGACCAUCACCUGGAAAUUUUUCAGGGAAAGAUUAAGUUAAUAAGAAACAAAAAGAGAGAGGGCUUGAUUCGAGCAAGGAUGAUGGGAGCAUCUCUCGCUUCAGGGGACGUUCUGGUGUUCCUGGAUAGCCACUGGGAGGUAAAGAAAGCAUGGCUGGAGCCCCUGCUGUAUGCCAUCGCCAAGGACCCCAAAACGGUGGUGUGUCCUCUGAUAGAUGUCAUUGACCACGUGACCCUGGAAUACCAGCCAUCACCUUUCAUAAGGGGAGCUUUCAACUGGUAUCUACAAUUUAAAUGGGAUAAUGUUUUCUCUUAUGAGAUGGAUGGACCAGAAGGACCCACUACACCCAUCCGGUCACCUGCGAUGGCUGGAGGAAUUUUUGCCAUAAAUAGGCAUUACUUUAAUGAGGUUGGACAGUAUGACAAGGGCAUGGAGCUCUGGGGAGGAGAAAAUUUGGAAAUCUCACUAAGGAUCUGGAUGUGUGGAGGCCAACUCUUCAUACUCCCCUGCUCUCGAGUAGGACAUAUCGAUAAACACAUCCCAGAUCAACCUGCAGUUAUAAAAGCUCUGACAUAUAACAGUCUCAGACUGGUACACGUUUGGCUGGAUGAAUACAAGGAGCAGUUUUUUCUACGAAGACCUGGUCUGAAAUCUGCUGACUAUGGAAACAUUACUGAGCGUACCGAGUUAAGGAAACGAUUGAGAUGCAAAUCAUUUCAGUGGUAUUUGGAUACAAUCUUUCCAGAAUUGGAAGCAUCUACGGGCAGCCUCUAAAAGGAAAACAAAUCAUUUUCAUUAAUGAAGGGUUAACAAGUUCCCU